AUGUUUAACAGGCCCAAACCUGUCAACAAAGCACUUCAUAUUAGGAUCGUGGAGAUACGCCAUAGCUCACAGCUCCACAACCCCACGUACUUCUUCAUUGGGAAAUUGUUCUUCCUGGAUCUCUGGUAUUCCUGCAUCUACAACCCCAAUAUCCUGCUGAACUGCACCUCUGAGAACAAGAGCAUCUCCCUCACUAGGUGUGCUGCUCAGUUCUUCAUCUCUGGUGGCUUGGCCUACCCUGAUGACAUCUCCAACCCACUGCUCUAUUUUACUGCCAUGCCCAAGAAGGUGUGCAUGGUGCUGGUGGCUGCCUCUUACCUCAGCAGCUUUGCCAACUCCAUGUUCAUUACCAGCUGCAUGUUUGCCUUCAGCUUUUGCAACACCAACAUCAUUGAUGACUUCUUCUGCGACCUGCCUCCAUUGGUGAAGCUCUCCUGCAACGUGACAGACAGCUACCAGACACUCGGGUAUUUCAUUCUGGCCUCCAAUGUCAUCCUCCCCUCUGCUCUCGUCCUCAUGUCCUACACCUCAAUCCUGGUUGCUGUCCUGAAGAUAUGUUCAGCCAAGAGGCAGUGCAAAGCCUUCUCCAUUUGUGCCACCCACCUGACCACCAUCACUCUCUAUUAUGGCUCCAUCCUCUUCAUUUAGUCCUGGCCCAGGUCAACCUGUGUCAUGCGGAGGGACAAGGUGGUCUCUGUGUUUUACACAGUGGCGAUUCCCACACUGAACCCCUUCAUCUACAGCCUGAGGAACCAGGAUGUAAAGGAGGUGCUGGAGAAACUGAUGAAGAGACAGACAGCUUCAUAG